UUUGAUCCUGGAGGCAAUGGGGAGUUUGUGGGUCAGACAGCUAGAGAAGAUGAACAGAUAUGUAAGAAUGAGAAAUUGUGAGGCUGUUUGUAGCUUAAUAACUUUAUUAAUUCAAAAGUAGUAGGAGGAGGAGGCAGGAGAGGGGAAAAUAGGUACUCAGCUGGUAAAUCUGUGGCCUCCAUUGUGGGCCUCCUCACUACAUUCCACCAUGGUCCAGUCAGCACCAUCCACAGCACAUCCCAGAUCCCCAUUUCCUCCUUGUCUCACCUUAUACAGUCUUUUCUCCAGCCACUAACUCUUACAUGUCAUCCACAGUUUCUUAAUUUGUCUGGGCCACCAAUGGAGGCAGUCAAUGGGGUAUUACAGGGAAGAUCGUCCUGCCCUCCUGAUCUUGUGAAUUUCUUGACUCCUUUCCAAUGGCUGGUCCAGCCUCAAUUUACUUGGUGGUAUCUGGCCUCCACUCCAGGUGAUGGGAGAUGACAUCACAAGAGUGACACAGAAAAGAGAGAAAUUUACUUCAGACAGAUAUAAAGAGAGGGAGAGAGGGAGGAAGAGAGAGACAGAUGGAGAGACAGAGAGAUAGAGAGAGACAGAGCCAGAGAGAGACAGAGUCAAUGAAGCCACCUCCUGCCCAUUAUACAGAGGAGAAAACUGAGAACUAGGGAGGUGCAGAGACUGGGCUUGGUCACAAGACUAGUAGGGGGUAGAGGUUGCCUUCAAAUUGAGGCUUCCUCCAUCUCCUUUUUUGGGCUUUCUCUGAUUUUACUUCCCCUUCCAACUCCCAAGGAACUCUACCCUCUGCCCCAGGGUUGAUGUGAAAACCACAAGGAGGAAGGGGCUGCCCCCUUGACCAGAAGCUGGAGACUGGUUUGGGCUGGCCCUGGCCUCAUUCUGCCUCUGGCAUUGGGUCUGCUCUCCCACCAGCACCUGGGACACCAUGGCCUCCAGACUCUCUGUCCUGCUGUAUCUGUGUGAGUCCUGGGGGAAGAGGUUCAAGGCCUUUUAGAAGACUCUCAAAGCUGGAGGCAACCUUAGGCAAACUGAGUCCAGCCCCCUCAGCCCACUUUACAGAAAAGAGCACUAAGGCCAGAGGGAAGGCAGCCGGGGCUCCUGGGGUCUGGCUGCGGCCCCUCCAGUUUCAUGGUAAGGAUGAGGGUUCUAAAGGGCUGCGUCUAACCCAGAGCCUCUCCUCUAGGGCUGUGUCUGCAAGAGAGGGCCCAGGCUCAAGAGGGUGAGUCCUUUCCCCACCAAACCCACCCAGCAAGGCCAACUGCCUCCAAGGCAGCCGUGGGGGAGCACAGGUGUGGGAGGGAGAGUGUCGGCUGGUGAGAUGCAAAGACUCUUAGAGGGCCCAGGGGUGCGGGUGCAGGUGUGGAGGGGCCGGUCAGCUAGGCAGGGGGACCCUCCGGGACUCUGGUCUCUUCUUCCCUCCCAGGCACCUUCCUCAGACCCUCCCUCAGGGCUGAGCCCUCCUCUGUGGUCCCCCAGGGAACCCCUGUGCGGCUGUGGUGUCGGGGGUCUCCCACAGCUCAUCUCUUCACUUUGAGGAAGGCAGGACCCGGCGGGUACGCGGACAUAUACGUGGUCAUUCCUCCAGCCGUUGGAAUGGAGGCCGAGUUCCUCCUCUCGUCUGUCACGGCCAGCGAUGGGGGGCUUUAUAAGUGCUGCUAUAGGAGCCCAUCGGGCGGCUCCGAGGACAGUGAGCCCCUGCAGCUGGCGGUGACAGGUGAGAGCAGGCAGGCGGCCAGAGGCGGCGGCGACUCCUCGGUCCUCCCUGCCUCCCCUCCCUCGCGUGCUUCCUCUGGGGCUGCUUCCCCCUCGGGAGGCGGGAGAGCCGGCUCUGAUCUCAGGGGACCGGCACGCGGUGGCUCCCUGGGGCUGGGGCGGGCGGCGGCUCUCCUCGUGUCUGCCCCGCUCCGAGCCAAGAGAAGGGCGUGGCACUGGCCUGGGCACAGGGAGGGCAGGGAGGCUCUCCGCCGUGACCCAGCGUCUCCUUCCCCAGGCCGAUUCGGCAGACCCUCCUUGUGGGCACUGCCCAGCCCUGAGGAGGCCUCGGGGCACGAGGUGACGCUCCAGUGUCAGUCGGAGCAGCGGCACGACAGGGCGGUUCUGUACAAGGACGGAGGCCCGGUGGCCUUCGGCGUGGCCCGGAGGCGGGAAACGGGGUCUCAGACCAACUUCUCCCUCCCCGCCGGCUCCGCGGCCCGCGGAGGGACUUACAGCUGCUACAGCUUCCACAGCGGCUCUCCCUAUGAGUGGUCAGCCCCCAGCGAGCCCCUGGCGCUCGGGCUCAUGGGCCAGCCUCCUGCCCGGGAAGAGAAGGGAAAGUCCUCUCCCACCUGGGGAUCCGUCUCCCUCCCCUGCCCAGCCUGGAGAGGACCGAGGGCUGGCCCAAGCUUGGAGCCCGAGGGAAUGGACCCUGGGAGCCGCAGACCCGGCGGGCAGUUGAGGAAAUUGAGGCAAACAGUGGUCAAGGAACAUUCCGGGGACCAUGCAGCUAGUAAAUGUUUGGGUCUGAAUUUGAACACGGAUCUUCUGACUGCAGACCCAGGAAUCUAUACUGAAUCACCAGCUUCCUCUAAAUUGGGAUCGUCUUCCCAAGCAUCCAUUUCCCCAAUUUCCAACCUCCUACCACCACCACCCCAAAAAAAGAAAGAAAAGAGAUUCAUUAAAGCAUUUGUUUUAAUUCCCAGAAGGGAAAGAUGCAGCCAAGCCAAACCCCUUUGAAGGGAGCGUGUUGAUAUGGUCAUUCAUUUUUAAAAAGAAGCUGAACAGAAUCGGGAUUCACAAUUUCACUUCGAAUCCAUCUUCUUUCCCUUCUGCCUCGUUUCUGGGGAUAGUUUCCCUUUUUUAGGGUGAUUAGAAAAUUGAGAAGAAAUUAUACAAAUAAAGGUUCCUUGACUUCCUUCAAGAUUCAGCUCAAAUCCUCUUUUCCUUAUCCAGGCAGAUUUUCUGGUCCCGGAGUCGCUGGUGCCUUCCCCUGUGACAUGAACGUCUGUCUCCUCUUCUGUGUCUUGUAGGCAGCUGGUGGCCUAGUCUGGAGUUAGGAAGAGCUGAGUUCAGAUGUAGCCUCAGACGCUUGCCAAGUGGGUUGCCCCAGAUAAGUCGUUCUUUCUGCCUCCAUCUGCUGAAUAAUAAUGGGGAUGGUAAUAGCACCCCCUCUCAAGGUUGUUGUGAGCCUAAAUCAUCCAUCAAAAACACUUACUGAGGGUCAACUGUGGCCCAGGCUCUGUGUUUAGUCUUGAGGGUAGAAAGGCAAAAGAUGGUCCCUACCCUCAAGGCGCUUACAGUCUAAUGGAGAAGACAACGUGUCAACAAAGAUAGACAAAGUACACGUAGGAAUAUACAGUGUUCUUAGGAAAUAAGUCAAAGGGGGAAAGCGGUGGAAUUAAGAGAGGCUGGGGAGGACUUCUAGAAAGCCAGGUUUUAGUUGGCACUUAAGGAAAGCCGGGGAGGUCAGUAAUCAGCCAGGGAGAGCAUGUCGGGCAUGGGGAACAGCCAGAGAGCAUGCUCAGAGGCAAGAGAUAGAGCAUCUUGUUCUUGGAACACUCAGGAGACUGGAUUAAAGAGUACAUCCUGGAACGUGUAAGAAGGCCGGAAAUGGCAGAGGGGGCUGGGUUAGAAAGCGCUUUGGAUGCCAAAGAGCAUUUUGAAUUUGGGCCUGGAGGCCAAAGGGAUCCACUGGAGUUUGUUGAGGGGCUGGGGGGCAGACCGGUACUUUAGGAAAAUACGUUUGUGGCUAAAUGGAGGACGGGCAGGAGCGGUGAGGGACGUGAGGCAAGUUGGACCCCACCACCAGCAGCAACAACUGCAGUAAUCCAGGUGUAAGGGUUCAAGGCCCUCUGCACCAGGCUGGACAAAAUGCUCUGGAAAUCUUAAAGCACCCAAGGAAUGCUAGCUUAUUUCCUCCCCUCAAGUUUCCCCACUGGGACCUUUCCUCUUUUUACCUUUGGAUCCGGAGCCAAGCUUGGCCCAUUACAAGUAUUCAGUGGAUUGAUCCUUGCUCUUUCCCUUCUCGGCUGGAGUCGUCUUUCUCCUCUUCAUCGUCUUCAUCUUCAGCAGUGUGGCCCUUGAGGCUGCCUAUGGCACACAACUGGAGAGUUGGAUGGAGCUCAGUGACACCUAUUCCUACCAAAUGAAUCCCCACUAAGACCCAGAAGUGUGAGUCCAGCCUCUGCUUAAGACAUCCAGGGAUGGGAGAGCAGCCUGCAUCCCCCCUUGGGAAAGGUCUUGUUGGGAAGUGGUUGGCUUCAGUUCUUUUUGGAAAUCUGAACCAUAUUGGACUCUCAGGAGCUUUCCCAUACCAUUCCUGGUUUUGCUCUCCAGAAAGCAACCCAACAAGUUCACAUCCCCUUCCCUGUAGGAUUGCCCCGUCAGAUAUCUGAGCGCGCGUUCUUGUGCUCUGGUCACCCGAUAGAGUCUGCGUGGUGGAGAAGUUGAUCAGAAGCCAUGGGAGAAAUGAGAUGUGAUAGGUGGGCUCUUUCCUCAAGUGGAGGUUUGGAGUCCCCGGCCCCAUCCUCUGAUCAGAGGCAGAGGGUAGUGAUGGGGUACAGAACCAAGAUUGAUGCAGGAUGAUGGGGUCAUCCCAAUAAUGAGUUCCUGGCACAUGGAGGGUAGGGGAAGUCAGUCAGAGAUGAGGCAUUUAGAUGGCUCAGUGAAUUGAGAGGCAGGCCUAGAGAUGGGUUCCAAUGUGGCCUCAGUCACUCCCUAGCUGUGUGACCCUGGGCAAGUCACUCAACCCCCAUUGCCUAGCUCUUCCUGCUCUUCUGCCUUGGAACCAAUAUACAGUAUGGAUUCCAAGAUGGAAGGUCAGGGUUUUAUUUUUAAAAAGGGAGGCAGAAGUCUGAAAGGUAGUACAGCCGGGUGAGAAAUGGGAUGUGUGAGCUGAGCUCUUUCCUUGAGUGGAGGUUUGGAGUUCUGGCCCUCCUGACAGCAAGGAAGGAAGUUUGGAAGAUUCUGUUGGGAGUGAGUUAGGCAACCACUUUAUCGCCACUGCCUUAACACACUGCAGAGCCUACACUGAGGGCAAAUGCCAUCAACUAGAGAACGGAAGCUAGCGAAGAGGAAAGGCAUGUAAAUUCUUGGGACGCUCACAAAGCAGGAAGAGACGGCGCCAUUCCUCAGUCGUUCAGAAGAGAAAUCAUAGGAAUAAAGGGAGUCAACGGUGUCACCCUGAUUUUUUAGGAAAGGGCGAAGGAAGGUUAUACACAGGGGGAGAAUCACAUGUCAAUAAAAUGAACUUAUUAACAGAGAAAGGAAAGGUAAGGGAGGCUAAGGGGAAGGGUUUGCAUCUGACUUACCCCAGCUAUUAAACCCAUUAUCUAACUACCCAAGUUUCCUAAGGGCAAGCCCAUCAGGGAACCAGAUUUCUCACACACACACACACACACACACACACACACACAGAGUCCUUGGUGGCUCAGGUACAGGAAUCCAGCUGAGUCCUCAGAUGUCUCAGGAAAGAGAGGCUCCUCCAAGUUUCCACUCUGUCCACCAGAGUAUAUGGAGAACUUCCUCUCACCCUGGUUUGAUGGUAUCCAAAGAGGCUGCUUGCAAGAUGUCCCGGAGAGGCCAGGAGGGGUCAGAUCUUCACUUUGCACGCUUUCCUUUCAGCUCUCGACUCUCACUUGAAACUGCUUCUUCCAACAGCUUAGAACCCUGACCCACUAGCUCUUGGAAUCCAGGCCUGUCAAUCAUACUCUUGCUACAAGGGCGAAAUACGGGGUUUUAACGAAGAAAUCAAAAUGAUGAAAAAAGCAAAAAGAAGUUUUUCGGCAGGAUGAAGACUUGCUGCAAAAUAACAGGAACUCAAAAUAAGUGAGUCACACACUACAGUGGAAAUGGAAGACCAGCCCAUUCCCAGCACACUGGCCAGACUUGUGGUCUACAUUGAGUGGUCAGAGAAAUAGAUGGCUUUUCCCACGGACCAACGUAUUUCCACAUAGGGCCAACGUGGCAGUUAUGUCACUCAUCAGAUGGCUGCAACUUUCUCUUGACACUUGUUCUCACGAAAUCCAAUCUAGAGCCUUUGAUUCUCAUUAAGAAGCUGCCAAUGUCUUUCUCGUGAAUUAGAUCAAACUCCAACCUUGGAUAAUCCAAUAUUUAUUACUAAAUGGUUACUCUUAUUUCUAAAUAUCAAAAUGACUGACUAUGUGCCAUUAACAAAUGAAAGUAAUUAUGAAGCAAAGACAGAACAUGUUUGUGUUAUGGUCUAUCAUGCCUAGAGUCACCUCAAGCCCCCAAUAAAACAGUGGGUCGCUUCUUCACUUGCUUGGAAAGUCUCAUGCCACUCAGUUCAGUGCAGAUUGUGAUUGAUAUCUCUCUUUUUUUUUUUAAACCCUUACCUUCCGUCUUGGAGUCAAUACUGUGUAUUGGCUCCAAGGCAGAAGAGUGGUAAGGGCUAGGCAAUGGGGGUCAAGUGACUUGCCCAGGGUCACACAGCUGGGAAGUGUCUGAGGCCAGAUUUGAACCUAGGACCUCCCGUCUCUAGGGCUAGCUCUCAAUCCACUGAGCUACCCAGCUGCCCCCGUGAUUGAUAUCUCUUAAGAAUACUUAAUAAAUAAGUUGGGGGAGACAGCUGGGUGGCUCAGUGGAUUUAGAGAUGCAAGGUCUAGAGAUGGGAGGUCCUCGGUUCAAAUAUGACCUCAGACACUUCCUCUGAUCUUGGGCAAAUCUCUUUCUCUUUUUUUUAAAACCCUUACCGUCUUCUUGGAAUUAAUGCUGGGUAUUGGUUCCACGGCAGAAGUGUGUUAAGGGCUAGGCAGUGGAGAUUAAGUGACUUGCCCAGGGUCACACAGCUAGGAACUGUCUAAGAUUAGAUUUGAAUCCAGGACCUCCCCAUCUUAGGGUCUGGCUUUCAAUCUACUGAGCCACCUAGCAAAUCUCUGAAUCCUCAUUGGCUAGCCCUUUCUACUUCUCUGCCAUGGAAUCAAUAUAUAGUAUUGCUUCUAAGACAAAAGAUAAGGGUUUAAAAAUAAACAAGAUGGAAAGUAAGGGUUUAAGGGGGGAAUGCUUAAAAACAGGUUGUGGCAUAUGAUUGUGAUGGGGUACUGGAAGAAAUAACAAACAGGCUCAUUUUAGAAAAACAAAGAUCCACAUGAAAUUAUGAAGAGGGAAAUCAGCAGAGCCAAAAGAACAUUAUAUGCAGCCAUGGAAAUGCUGUUUGAAGAAUGCCAACCUCCCCAGAAAGAAUUGAUAAAUAGAAAUAAGUAAGACAUAGUUUUAUACAUACAUAUGUAUCUUUUUGUCAGAGAGAGAGAGUUAACUGGCUAUUUUAAUGUAACAAUUUUUUAAAAAGAAUGCUUUUCACAUUUUCAUCUAGAUGAGACUUUAUUUCAACCACUCAGGAAAUAAACUAGAUCUUUUGCUUUUCUUUAUUUUCAGUGAACAUAGUAACUCCAGCCCUCCCUUUCCCUCUCACUCAGAAUCUCACCAGCUCUAAAUGGAAUUUUCUUCAUACCAUAGCAGAGGCAGAAUUUCCACGUCACCUUCUCUCUUUCUCCUCCAGAGAUCCUCCUAUAUCUCUGAUACAACACAUAACUUCUCUGGUCCCACAGGGAUUACUUAAUUCCGACCGCAAGUAUAAAAUGCUUUUCUCAGUAUUCCAGUGGGUUCCAUGUGACUCUGGUUCUAGGUGUUGGUUCUGCCAUUCAUGAAGGGUAGAACCAUUGGGCAGAUCCCUUCAAUGCUUCAGUCUUCCCUCCUGUAAAUUGAUGAGAAUUGGACCAGAUGAGUCCAGAAGUUUCUUAGCUCUGUGUCAUGCUUUCG